CUUCCUCCCUCCAGCUUCACGUUUCCGUCUUGAUCACAUCCAACAUCUUGUCAUGGACAACAACAGUAGCUAAAUUUGCUGGUUGCCUCCCUACCAAAAAACUAUGUAGCUAGAGCUAGCUAUGCGCUGUGUGACCUGGCGAGGUAAAAUUCACGCUCUCAGACGGCGCUAGCUACUACUUAGCUAGAGAGGCUGUUAACAAGCUAAUUCUGACCUUGAUUCUCUGAAGAUGUUUCUCUCCGUUGCUUGAGUACAAAUCCUUCGCUACUCAGUGCACUGAUCAUUAGCACUACUAGACAAGCUACUGCUAACCUACGACUCAUCUUUUAACAAAUUCACCAGAAAAACUGCACAAAGUUGCAGCGCGAUGACAGAAAUCAUGCAGUUAUGUGUAUGUGUCUCGUGCGGGGGCGGAGGCAACUAGCCCCGCCUAUUUUCUCCACCAAAACAAGCCGACCGAUGGAGCUGUACGUCUGGCUGCUUACAGUCUUCGCUGCCUUCGGCGGCUUUAUGUUCGGAUACGACAUCGGUGUAAUAAACGGUGUCAAAGAUACUGCCGGAUUUCGAGAAACGUUUCUGAACGAGUCUAAACACUCUGGUAACGGUUCAAGGGAAGAGAGUGUCAGAGAGAGCACGUUACUGGGCUUGGUGGUCUCAACAUUCUCAAUUGGUUGUCUCGUGGGAGCUCUCCUGGCUGCAGGACUAUCAGAAGUGUUGGGAAGAAAGAGGGCAAUCAUAGUUGGUGGUGUGGUCUUCACUGGAGGAGGGGCAGUUCAGGCUGGCUCUCUCUUCAUCUGGAUGAUGAUUUUAGGGAGGAUUGUGGCAGGAGUAGGUGUG